CGGACUGGCGGAGAGCAGAGGGUCGUCGUUGGUGAUGCAGAGUCUGGCUGGAGACCUGUAACCAGUGGUGUUCCUCAGGGGCCGGUGCUGGGUCUGGUCUUGUUCAACAUCUUCAUCAAUGACCUUGAUGAGGGGAUAGUGGCCACCCUCAGCAAGUUUGCUGAUGAUACGAAGUUGGGAGGAUUGGCUGACAUGCCUGAAGGCUGUGCUGCCAUUCAGCCAGACCUGGACAGGCUGGAGAGCUGGGCAGAAAAAAAACGGAUGAGGUUUAACAGAAGCAAGUGUAGAGUCUUGCAUCUGGGGAGGAAUAAUUGCAUGCACCAGUACAGGCUGGGGGAUGAGCUGCUGGAGAGGAGCUCUGCAGAGAGGGACCUGGGUGUCCUGGUGGACGACAGGUUGGCCAUGAGCCAGCAGUGUGCCCUUGUGGCCAAAAAGGCCAAUGGCAUCCUGGGGUGCAUUAAAAAGAGCGUGGCCAGCAGGUCAAAGGAGGUGAUCCUCCCCCUCUACUCUGCCCUGGUAAGGCCUCAUCUGGAGUACUGCGUCCAGUUCUGGGCUCCCCAGUACAAAAAAGACAGGGAUCUCUUGGAAAGAGUCCAGCGGAGGGCCACAAAGAUGGUGAAGGGCCUGGAGCAUCUCUCCUGUGAAGAAAGGCUGAGUGAUCUGGGUCUGUUCAGCCUUGAGAAAAGGAGACUGAGAGGGGACCUGAUCCAGGUUUGUAAAUAUCUAAGGUGUGGGGGGCAGAAUGGUGAGGACGGACUCUUUGCAGUGGUGAGUGGAGACAGGACAAGGGGAAACGGCCGGAAACUGCAGCAUAGGAAGUUCUGCACAAAUGUGCGCAAGAACUUCUUUACAGUGAGGUGACGGAGCACUGGAACAGGCUGCCCAGGGAGGUGGUGGAGUCUCCUCUGGAGAUGUUCAAGACCUGCCUGGAUGCCGACCUGUGCGACCUGCUGUAGGGAACCUGCUUUGGCAGGGGGGUUGGACUCGAUGAUCUCUGGAGGUCCCUUCCAACCCCUACAAUUCUGUGAUUCUGUGAAGAAAAUAAUGUGCACGUAAAACUUGAACUGAAUACCCACGUUUCUUUGUGCAUAAAAAAUGCCAAGUUCACAGUUUUAUCCUGUCUGUCUUCUCUGCAGAAUUAGCUUUUUUUUUGGUAUUAGACACUUCAGAUAGUACUCAAGCUGCACAGAGGGCUUAUGUUGGCAAAGAUCACUUACUCCUAACUUGAGUGGUAAUAUCCUUAGAAGCAAGCCAAAUCAAGCUAAUGAUUUACACAUCUGGAUAGGGCUGGGCUGUCUCAUGCGGUAACACUGGUGAGCCAGAACAGCAAUGUUAGCAGGCUGUGCUGUCUUACAUUGACAGCUCUCCCUUCGCCCUGUCCUCACUUCUUGUCCAUGUGUUUGUAUCUGGAGCACAUCCUUGGGGUUUUGUGCAUUUCUUGUGCACUCCCUAGGAGUGUGUUUUUAAGGUUUUGGGAAAUCCUGUUUCCUUUCCAAGACAAAUUGUGGGGAAAAAAAUCAGAGACUUUUAACACCAUUCUAGUGUGGUUAACACAAACCCCAGUUACAUCUACACCAUUUGCAGUGGUACCAGCACUGUAAUUGUUGCCCACAGGAACAGGAUCUGGCCCAGGCAUACCUGGGCUGAAAGGAGGUGGUGAGCAGAUAAAAUAUUAUUAGCUGUGCGUUACAGACUUCCCUUGUACAGAACAAACAAGUUAUAAUUUGAAUUAACAACUUGGGCUGUUCAGCUUCAAUGGUGUGUUCCCAAAACCUAAUGGAUUUAGGAUGGUUUGGAGUCACCUUAUCUGGCAGUACUGUGAGAACCAGAUUAAAAGUGCAAGUACUGGCUGAUUCCAGCAAUCUAAAAUCACACAGCAAAGACAAAAGUCCUGUAAUGAGAAAAAUUAAAAGAUACACGUGUAAGUGUUGAUCUUGAGUGCUAGUCAUUCAAGCUUUGAGCCUGGGGUAUUAAUCCCCACAUGCACUACAUAGACAGCAAAACAGUAGCAUUCUGUACCCAUUUUUUUCAAACAUUUGGUGAGGAGAGGUGUCACUGUGCAAUGCACGCUGUAGGGCAGAAGUGGGAUCUGGAAAUCUUCUAAAUACUGUCUCAUUUACUUUCUUUAUAGUAGCUUAAUUUAUAAUUUUAUUCUUUAAGUACUUAGAUGCUUCUCCAGACAUGUAUGUAUGACAAUCGAGGUAAGAGUAGAAGCGGAAAAAAGGGAAUUUGGCUAAUUUUUAAAAACACAAGCGUAUGAAAGGUUGUACAGUCUAUUCAAAUCAAAACCAAGAAUGCAGCAGACUGAGAAAGUGGGAAUGGAAAUGCCUGUUUAAAUUCUUAACAUUGAGAAGUUAUGUACAAAUCUAUCAAAGAAGACAAUUUUUUUCUCCGUGAUCUUUUAAUUUUGCUAUUAAGUGAGUCUUUGCUGCCAAUAGUGGAAAUAAAUGCCUGUCUUCUUGCAAAGCAUCUCUCUCAACUGGAGGUUAGCAGCAGACGUAGAACAGCAGAAAUGAUUCUCGGUGGAAACUAGCUGAGCAACAAAGAUUCUCUGAGGUUUUCCUCAAAAGUAAAUUGUACCAGUUUGUAGAGAAUGCUUUCUCUGCUUCUUGCUAAUACAGAAAUCUGAUCAUGGGUUACUGCAAAAUGUCAGUAAGAUUUUGUUUUGCAUCAGAUUCUAAUCAAGCAGUUAGGCCUACCCUUUUGGCUGGGCGUUGCAUAAGCACAAGGGCAAAGCUAACUUCUUUGAGGCUUAAUAGCUACUGAAGGUUGAACUGGCAGCACUUGGUUUGUGAUCUAUCGUGAUGACCAUUGGAAAGAGUCAGUGAGAUUUUAAAUGUAUCAAAAGGAAAAUGAUUUGUCUAGGGAAGGAGCUGCUUGCUUUGCUUGUUUGGCUGAAGUUUAGUCUUCACUACCUUUCAUUUUUCUGAUGCUGUGUGUUCUUUUUAGUCUGGCCUGUGGUCAGAUUAAACUGUGCCUGAAGUAUGUUUUGUAAAUGAGAAUACAGUCCUCUGGAUUUGGAGGUACAUUCUACUCUUCUGAAAUGCACGAUACUCCUUGUGAUAGUAAUAGGAGUUGCAUGUGCAAAUGCUUUUCUUUCCAGUAGUUAACAAUGUUUUCCAUAGGAGAGGCUUGCAUUUAGCUAGACUUAAUAUUUUGGAUGUGUAAAUGAAUUCAUCCAUCAGUAGUACAUUUUAAAGUAAAUUUUGAUAACCGUAACUAACAAAAUGGACGUCUUUUACAUGCUGACACGUAAUUUGACAUCUACCAAGGUGAACAGGCUGAAAUUCUUGUUCUAUCUAAUGCCGCAGUCAUGAAAACUACAGUGUUCUGUAGCCCAUAGACUAUUCUACAGUCUACUUGCAUUAAUGUGUCCAGUAGUGAGCAGUGUAUUCAUAAUGAAUUUAAUUGGGAAAAUAGGGAAUAUUCCUACAAGGGAGGCAUCUAACACAGUUUUGUUUUGUUUUCAUGUACUCUUCAUUUCGCUGUACCAGGUAACUGAGGACACAAAUGUUGUUGUAAGGCCACUGGUGAGAAAACCCCUCAAAAAUACACUUGUCUGUAAAGGUUUCUUGUUGAGACAUUCUUGGAUUGCACUUUUGCAGAUGGAAGAAUAUGUACAUAGCAAAUGAAUGUUGAUGAAAUUAAAAUAAUUGGUUAUGAUAUCAUUUGCGUGUGUUGUUAGAGAAUAUUUUGUUGUGACUUCUCUGUAUUAAAAAAGUAAUAAAUACCAGACAGCUAA